GACGGAGACAGAGACAGAGACAGAGACAGUGAGCGGGAGCGAGAGCGAGAGCGAGAGCGAGUGAGGCAGAACGAGACAGAGACAGAGAGCGUGAAAGGUAGACAGAGGCAGAGAGCGAGAGCAAGUACACACUGAUAGAAACAGAGAGAAAGACAGAGGUUGAAAGCGAAACUUUGACAGUGACUGGUACAAGAGACAGUGUAGUGAUACUGAUUGGAAGAAAAGAAGAAGAACGGCAAAACAGACUGACAAAAAGUUAGACAAGGAGGGCAGAGAGAGAGACAGGGAGAGAGAGACAGGGAGAGACAGGGAGAGAGAGACAGGGAGAGAGAGACAGGGAGAGAGACAGGGAGAGAGAGGGAGAGAGAGAGAGAGAGAAAGAUAGAGAGAGAGACAGGGAGAGAGAAAGAUCGAGAGAGAGAGAGAGAGAGACAGGGAGAGAGAGAGAAAGAGAGAGAGAGACAGGGAGAGAGAGGGAGAGAGAGAGACAGGGAGAGAGAGAGAGACAGAGAGAGAGAGAGACAGGGAGAGAGAGAGACAGGGAGAGACAGAGAGAGAGAGAGAGAGAGAGAGAGACAACAUGUGUCUGGUGUGAUAUCGUUCUACUCUUUCCUCUAAAUAGACUGAGAGACGAACCCUGAAGACAGGCUGAGGGGCCCUAAUACUGAGACUUGGAAUGAGAGAAGAGGACAGUCACACACGGACCGACCCUGCUUUUGGUUUGUUAGUGCUGCUCAGGGUGAUCUGAGAUGGUCAGACUAUAUACCUACAGCCAUGAAGAACAUUGUGGACACACCUGGGCAGACUUGAAUGGACGCACAGACCUGAAUACUCCUGGACAUAUAAAUAUACCUGCACUCAGAAGCCUGACCACACUGAGACCUCCUCUGCUCUGAACAAGCCUCAGCAUUGGCCAGCCAGGCGACUAACACACAUCCUGACCAGUGGCGGUUCCCGGUGGGCAGGGUUAAGAUGAGCCUGUCCAAUCAAAGCUGUGGUAGUAGCGUUGACGACCUGCGGCGCUACCAACAUCAUGUUUACGCAGUUGUCUACAGCGUCAUCUUGGCCCCGGGCCUUCUGGGUAAUGUCCUGGCUCUUUGGGUGUUCCAGGCAUACGUCAGGGAGACCAAGAGAGGAGUGGUGUUCAUGAUGAACCUGGCUGUAGCUGAUCUCUUGCAGGUCCUCUCCCUACCUCUCCGUAUCUACUACUACCUGAACCAUACCUGGCCAUUCGGCCGGCCUCUCUGCAUGUUGUGUUUCUACCUGAAAUACGUCAACAUGUACGCCUCUAUAUUCUUCCUGGUGUGUGUGAGUGUACGGCGCUGUGAGCUCAUCAUGCACCCACUGAGGUACCGUUCCAACAGACGACGAGGGGACAUGUGUGUAUGUGCCGCUGGCUGGCUGCUGGUCUGUCUCGGCUGUCUGCCUUUCCCUCUGCUCCGAAUCACCAGCCUGACCCCUGACCUCUACACUCACACUGCCCCCUAUGACCUUACCCCUAACCCCUAUGCCUCCAGUCCUAGCUCAUAUGCCCCAGCCCCCACCUCUUCCCCAACCCCUACACCUACCUCCAUCCCGGCGGCGGUGUGUUUUUCGGAGCUCCCCAUGCGUGAUGUCAGCCCUGCGGCCGGCUGGGCUCUGAUGGUAGGGGCGGAGCUGGUUGGCUUCAUCCUCCCUCUGAUCCUAGUUCUGACCUGUGCCUGUCUGUCAGCCGGCAGCCUGCGAGUCCACAGGGGGAGGGGGAGGGGGGAGGGGUGAAGGACCACGGGGAGAAGAAGAGGGCGUUGAGGAUGGUGUUGAGCUGUGCCGGGGUGUUCCUGCUCUGCUUCUCCCCAUACCAUGUCACCAUGCCGCUAGACUUUCUGGCAAAGGCCGAUGCCCUGGGGAGCUGUGAGGUCAGAGAGAUGGUGCUGCGUUGCCAUCCUGUCACCCUCUGUCUCGCCAGUCUCAACUCAGGACUGGACCCUCUCAUGUAUUACUUUACUACAGAUGAGUUCAGGAGAAGAUUCAGCAGGCCAGAAAUACCUGAGAGCUUCAGUCUGGCUCCAAGACUAUCCUGUACUAGUGGUGGGGGGAGCAAGGACCUGCCUCUAACCCCUGAACCUGACCUAUAACCCCUCAGCAGGCCAGCGAUACCUGAGAGCUUCAGUCUGGCUCCAAGAAUGUCCUGUACUAGUGAUGGGGGGAGCAAGGACCUGCCUCUAACCCCUGAACCUGACCUAUAAUCCCUCAGCAGGCCAGCGAUACCUGAGAGCUUCAGUCUGGCUCCAAGAAUGUCCUGUACUAGUGGUGGUGGGGGGAAGGACCUGCCUCUAACCCCUGACCUCUAACCCUGACCCUGGUCCCAAGACUGUCCUGUACCGCUGGAGUCUGUAAGACUGAACCCUGAUCUCUAACCCCAAGACUGUCCUGUUCUGCAGUGGACAGCAAGUCAUGGGUGAAGAGGAGAAACAAGGACAAAGGGAACAAGGAGAAAGUUUCAACUGUGAACUAAAGACAGUUUAUUACUCCGAAUGUGGACAUCUGCUGGACUGCGUUUGGAACUGCCGGUCUGUGGUCAAAAACGCUGAGUUCAUCUCAGCCUAGGCUGCCCUUCAGUCCCUAGAUAGACUUUUUGGCCCUGAUGGAGACAUGGAUCACCCCAGAAAACACAGCUAUUCCAGUUGCCCUGUCUUUAUCUGACUACGUUUUCUCUCAUAGUCCAAGAGCAUCUGGUCUUCACCGUAGUGGCACAGGGCUACUCAUUUCUCAUAAUGGAAGAUUUUCUCCUUUCUCCCUCACCUGUCCAUCUCCUCAUUAGAAUUCCAUGCUGUCACUGUCACUUGUCAACUCAAGCUAAACAUUGUUUUAAUCUAUCGCCCACCAGGUUCCCUUAGAGAGUUCCUCAAUGAGCUUGACACCUUGAUAACCUUAUUUCUUGACAAUGGCUCACCGCCAUUUCCUUUUCUUUCUCCCUUUCCUCCAAACAUAACCACUCAGCCCCUACCUAGAUGGUUAUGCACUGUCGCAAUCUUCUCUCUCUCUCUCUCCCACUACUCUCUCCUCUUCUAUCCUAUCUUCUCUCUCUUCUGCUAAAUCCUUCUCCCUCCUGUCUCCAUAUUCUGCCUCUUCGACCCUACUCUCCUCUCUUUCCGCAUCCUAUGACUCUCACUGUGUCCUUUCCACCGGCCAGCUCGGGCUUCCCUUCCUGCUCCGUGGCUAAGUGACUCAUUACGAGCUUACAGAACAGGGCUGCAGGCAGCUGAGUGAAAAUGGAGGACUACUAAAUCAUCCUUUCACUCCCUCCUCUCUACCUUCUGUUCCUCUGUAUCUGCUGCUAAAGCCACUUUCUACCACUCUAAAUUCAAGAUUCUGCCUCUAACCCAAGGAAACUAUUUUCCUCUCCUUAAUCCUCCUCCCCCUCCCUCCUCCCUCUCUGCAAGCGACUUUGUCAACCACUUUGAACAGAAGGUUGACGACAUCCACUCCUCAUUCACUAUUGAGUCCACUGGUCCCAGAACUACCCUACGCCUUGACCUCUUUCUCGCCAGAUGAAAUCCUGCGACUAGUGAUUUCCGUCCGCCCGACAAUCUACCCGCUCAACCCCACCCCCUCCUCCCUUCUCCAGACCAUCUCUGGAGACCUUCCCCCAUUCCUCACUUCCCUCAUCAACUCAUCCCUGACCACUGGCUGCAUCCCCUCUGACUCCAGAAUGGCAGAGUCGCUCCCGUCCUCAAGAAACCAACACUUGACCCCUCGAACAUCAAAAACUAGAAAACGGUAUCCCUUUCUUUUCUUUCCAAAACGCUAUCGCUAACCAACUCUCUCGCUAUCUCUCUCAGAAUAAUAUUCUAACCAGUCAGGCUUCAAGACAGGUCACUCAACCAAGACUGCUCUCCUCUGUGUCACGGAGGCUCUCCACACUUCCAAGUUCUCUCGGUUCUCAUCCUCCUAGAUCUAUCCGCUGCCUUAUCGUGAACCAUCAGAACCUCCUCUCAAUCCUCGCAGGGAUGGGCGUCUCAGGCUUUGUACACUAUUGAAUUGCUUCCUACCUGGCAGGCCACUCCUACCAGGUGAUGUGGAGAGGUUCUGUGUCUGCACCACGUGCUCUCACUACUGGUGUCCCCAGGGCUCGUUCUAGGCCCUCUCCUCUUCUCUCUAUAGACCAAGUCACUCAGCCCCCCCCCCCG